AACCACUUCAAGUUCAUCAAACCAGAACCCAAGCUCAUUCAUAAUGUCACGUUCUCGUAGGAUACUAAUCAUAAUCACAACACUCAUAAUAAGUUAUCAAUACAUAUGGAAACCAUACUUUUCAUCCACCAAAUCAAUCCUAAACAGAAAUCAAACCACUUCAACUUCUUCUUCUUCAUCUUCUUCAUCAACAACAAUAACGAAACAUAAACAAAGAGUAGUAGCAAUAGGAGAUUUACAUGGAGAUUUACCUCAUGCGGUUAGAGUCUUGAGGUUAGCUGAAUUGAUUGAUAUGAGAAAUAAAUGGAUUGGAAAGAAAACCGUCUUGGUUCAAACUGGUGAUAUUGUGGAUAGAGGUAGAGAUACUAUUGUUCUUUAUCAAUUGAUGGAUAGGUUAAGGAAUGAAGCUAAAGCUGCUGGAGGAGCUGUUGUUAGUUUACUUGGAAACCAUGAAUAUAUGAACGCAUUAGGAGAUUGGAGGUAUGUAACAGAAGAAGAUAUCGAAACGUUUGGAGGUAAAAAGAAUCGAAGGAAAUUAAUGUCGUCAGAAGGAUGGAUAGGAGAAAGCUGGUUAAAGAAUUAUAACACAACGGCCCGAGUUCCAUAUAUACUUUCAACCGAUUCAAAUCUAAACCAAGUACCCAUCGAUCCUUCAACAUAUUUCGAAACCUUUCAAGAUAAAUCAUCUAAGCCAAACCCAUUCUUGAACUCAGCCAUAGCUUUUGUACAUGGAGGAAUCACACCUGAGUAUGCAAAGAUUGGAAUCAGCGAAAUCAAUAGGAUCGGUCAAUCUUUCUUAAACCGAAGCUUACAAAAUCCAAAACCCACUGGUGGAUUACCAUCAGAUACAACAAUGGAAGAAAAGAUGUUUUAUUCUUCUCAUGGUCCACUUUGGGAAAGAUCAUAUGCAUUAGAAGAGAAUGAAGAAAUGAUUUGUGAUCAGAUUGAAAAGACGAUUAAUCUUUUGAAUGUUAGAAGAUUGGUGAUGGGUCAUACACCUCAGUUUAAAGGAAUCUUGGGUAGAUGUCAAGGUAAAAUUUUAUUAAUUGAUACAGGUAUUUCUUCGGCUUAUGGAGGUGCAUUAUCUGCUUUAGAAAUCCAAUAUACUCUUACACUUGAUCCUAAACCGAAUCCAGAAACCAAUCAUCCAAUAUGGCAUGAAAGUGAAAUCGUACAUGGAUUACAAGAAGGUAAACUUAAACAAGUCCUUGCUCAACAUACUAGAGUAGUCGAAUUCCCUUUUUGAAACUUUGAAAAAAAUUCUACAUCGAUAAAUUCUCUUGAAGGAAAUGUUGUAAUUUUCAGUCAUCUAUUUUUAUUACAAACAUUGGGGAAUCGAUUUGAUUUUGUUUAAAGUUUUGGAGAUUGUGUUGUGCGGUGAAAUCUAGAUUGGUUUGGGGGUCAUGCUGAAUAUUUUCUUUUCUGUACAAAUAUAAUAUGUCUGAUAUAUUAAUUCGAGGCUCAGAUAUUAUUUAUAAUGUCAAGAUAUAUGCUUCGAUCUCAAU